UCCCACUAGAAAGCGAGCUUGAGGUGAUGGGCUUGCUGGGGAUGCAUUAUCAUUACCGAUAUCGUUCGUAAUGGCAAUAGGGGGACUUUGGUCAACAAUAAUGCCUCAGGCUGCUAGUUAUCACGGGAAGAUAACAGAAACUUGUGGAUUACCGGGAAGGGAAACGGAUGCAACGGCAUUGAUGCUCCAUCCCACCAGCGGGGCAGCUUUUCUUUCAAUUAGCUUAGGAUUUCGGUGGAGGGAUCUAUCAUAGCAUUAAGAGAAAGAAGUUAAUUAAAACAACAAAGGUGGAGAAGGGUAAGAAAGGUGUGGAUAGGUUUUGUACCCUCUCAGGAUUUGUUUAUUAUACCUGAACUGCAAGACUAAAUAGUGAACUGCAGUUUUGUAAAUACAAUGGGGAUUCUCUGCCUUUCUGGUUACUGUUUAAGAUUGAUCGUAUGCAGGGCGUUGCACAAUCAGAUUAACUACUCAAGGACAAAAGAGAUUAGGGGCUAACGCAUCUGAAAUAUUGGCAGGAUAUAGUUACCUUAAUCCGUCGCGCCUCAGUCCAUUGGUUAAUUUGGCGGAUGACUCGAAUCCAGAGAAUGAAGCUGGAGAAAACAUCCAAGGGCAAGAUGCAUCACAAUCCAACCAAGUUCAGGCUUUCCGAACGCAGAGUGACAUAGACAACGGCGAAUAUCAUCUGCCACGUUGAUAUAAUCGUUUGGUGAAAGGAAGAUUUGUGGCACGAAGCGUACCUGUACGAGGCCAAAUCAGGAAAUCAUCCCCGGCCAGGGGGGCCUUACAGGAGUUAUCAAGCAUGGUACUAUUUUUUAUGUCGGGCUCUUGUAGAGCCGUUUCCAAGCGAGGGAUUGGUGGGAUGCAUUGGGAGGAGGGGAAGAGGGGAAGAGGAGUUCUAACGUCUGCCUUCAGAAGUUUCCUCAGGAGUGUAUGGAGAGGAUUGUUUUGAGACCUAGAAUGCUUGUCUGAGAUAUUUAUGCAAUGGCAUCGGGCGGGUACGUCGACCACCUCAUUUGAUCCCCUGCUCAUUGGAAGAAUAGGUGUUCAUGAGUAGCCACUGAGCUGGAACUUGCGUUGAAAUGCACAUAUCUGCUGGUCGUUAGGUCCAACUCGCCAUUUCUUGUCUUGUUUGUGUCCCCCUUGGGGCAGCGUUAAGUUUGGAUGGAAUGGGAAGUUGUUGCGAGCCGAUAUGACAAAAAUGAUAAAUUAAAUGGCUUUGACCUGAAAAGCGGCUUAUUGUUGAGCAAAACGGGAUUUCUAACUGGCUCAACUGAUUAUUUUCAAUCAUCGAUAGCCAGACGAUGUCAUGAUUCUGAUUCCAUUGACAUGGGUUUUACUGGAGCCUCCCCUUUAGAUCGUGGAGGCCCAGACCUAACCAUGGUUUAUUCCACAAUAGUGUUUCCUGUACUGCACGCUCUGUUUCAAAUUGAGCUAUUAUAUAUAAUAACUGCCUUUCUCUGCACAUAUUAGUCGCAGGUCCCCUGUCGGGAAUCGGGCACUUGUAGUAGACAUUUGGGCGAUUUGUCUGAUUGUAAGGGCCCCAAGGCAUGGAUUAUUUAUAGAAAGAAAGGACCCUAGCAAUUUUGAUUCAUCCUAUCCAUGCCUUUGGGUGGCAACUAUAUCGAAUAUGGAAAUUCCCAAGAGAACGUCCGGAGAAUGGAGUUGGGAUCUUCAAUUGCCAUGUAUCUGAUGCGGGCUAGUAUCGACGGCCAGAAGUUAAUAUCGCCCUAAGCCUGACGUAUAUGCGGAAGCCCACCAGCAAUAUCAGGCCUCAAACUGCAACCCAUGAGGCAUCCAAUCGCGAGCGACGCCAAGUAGGAUUGGCCAAUCGUUCAACCAUCCAGGUCACGGGGUCAGGGCAUUGAUCUCACGUCGCUCGGCGCCACACCGUCCGCAUUCUUUCUUCUCUCUGCUUCGCUUCUCUGUUCCCAAUCUCCACUUUCUCGGGUGCUUUGACUGCACUGCAUCGCUUCGUCGUCUCCCUUUGGCCCAAGGGUUCGAGUAUAGUAUGAGCUAGAAUGACUGGCCUCACCCAGCCACUAUCGAUUCUAAAGCCCGCUAUAUCCCAGCGGGUUGAUGGUCGCGUUGCUCCAACAAUGACCCAGUUGCCCAGUGGCCCAGUAUCCUGCACAGCUCCGCUCCAUCAAUAGCCCAAACAUCCAGGAACAGCUCCGCUCACGUACUCCAAUCUGCCCCGCCAGAUUCAUGCGGAAAGCCGUGAAUGGGAAUUUCCCCCUCAUGGACGCAGAAUGGGUAUGAUGUGAUAUGUAAUGUAUGUAUGUACAUACAUACUUGUACAUGUACAUGUACUUAGUACUACUGUACAAGUCGAUGACUGGGGCCAGGCUAGGCCCGGCGGAACGCUGCAAUCCCCUCCGCCUUGCUCCGGCCGGAGCCAAUUGCUGGAAACGUUGGGCAGAAACCUAAGGUCAUUUCCAGGCAAGAAAAAUUUACCAUGCCACUUGGCUUGCACGGCAUUGUGAGGCAUCGCCUUACCUGACAUUUCUGGCCUCUCCUCAUUGCAACUUACUUCCUAAGCCUUGUGUUAAAUUAAUCCAUUGGAUAGUUAGAGUACUUCCGUCGUUAUUUAAAUCAUUUCUACCAUUUAAUUGGAAGACAUGAAUGUCGUUCUUGCCUCCUAGACUUCCCACAACACUUGUUUUGUCUUGUUUUCUUACUAUUUCUAGUUUAUGAGUUUUUUUUCUUUUUUUCCUUUUUUUUCUUUUUUUUUUUCGUUCUCCUUAUUUUCGGUCCCCAUAUCCGGUAACGAAUUAUGCUUACAACAUCGUGCAUACCUCCGGCUUUCGGGCUUGCAUCAGCAACCCACUCUCGUGCGGUUGGUACACAUCCGUGAAUUCAACCAAAAUCCCGUCAUAUCGUGAGACGUGGCCCAAUGGCAUAUAAAAUGCCUACGAAUUGGUCGAUGAAUUUGCCUUCCACCCAGCUGCCUGUGAGUAUGUCUUCCUAGGGCUUCCACCAUAGCUCCCAAUGGAAGAUACCCCCUGCGUCAUCUGCGAGGGCAGUUCGACAUGUGCUUUGUUGCAUUCCUGUUUCCUAUUACAUCGCCUCCUUCGCUGUUCCUUGCCAGCUUCAUCCUCUCAUAUCUUAAACUUCUUUGGCCUUGUCACUGUGUGUCACUCUCUUUGACGACUCGUUUGCUUUUCUCACCCCUCACCUUUCUACACUUUUAAAUCAGCGAAUGCCCCCGCCAGCGCCCAGUGCCUUCUCGAUAUUCUGAUAGAUCAUUCGCCAGUUGAAUAUGGCAAAGAAAAAGAAGGCUAAGAAACAAAACAAUAACCCUCCUCCCAGCUUCACGAAACCCUCUAUUACGAGUGACAACGAUAUCGACACCAAUUCAUCUGUAGACAGUGCUUCCCCGGUGGCUGCGACUUUACAAGAUGUCAAAGCCUCCGUUCGAGAUAAGGGUCAGGAUGAUCCACCAAUUACUGACCCAAGUGAACCUGUUUCAUCCCCUGUCGAAGCCUCACUAGCCGAGCUCUCGAACGAUGUAGUUGACAAGCAGGAGGAAGCAAAGGAAGAGACGGUAGAGAAAUUGGAGAAAGAACUGCGUGAGGACGAAUUCGCUGAAGAUGGGACAGAGGGGAAAACAGAGGAAGCUUCGAUUGAAGGUGGCGGCGAUCGCAAGGAGGAUAUACCAGAUGAAAAUAAACAAGAGGAGAAUGGAAAUGGGGUAACCGCGAGCGAGGACGUCAGUCCUUUGGCUGAUGCCAGAAGUCCAGAAGACGUUGAACCCGAAUCGCCCAAGGCCCCAGAGAAUGAGCAAGUUGAUGCUCCCGGGGAAACUUCCCCAGAUAUCCCCGAGGCCUGUGAUAACGAAGAUGAUACAGUUUUCCCAGAUGUCGAUCCCGAAGCUGAGGUCGACCAGGUGAAGGCAGAGAGGGAGGCUGAGGCUAAUGUUGAUGACGAUGAUUAUGAUGAAAACAUCGUAUUGGGCCAUUGUCUUGAAGAAACAGAAGAGCCUGUUAAUGAACCCAAUGAAGGAGACGAAGCAGCCGCUAAUGAACCUGAUGCACCUGGUGCGGAGGCGCCCGGACCGGAUGAUGCCAUAAAAGCCGACGAACAGGAUUCAGAAUUGCACGAGGCAGACAAUCCUGUUGAAGUUGUAUCUCCCAACUUAGAAGCACAAAGCGACCCUGAAGAAUCUCCAGCUGUUGAGCCGACUGGAGAUCCACAGGUUGAAGAUAGCCCAGAGGUCCCAAAUGUCGAAGAUGCUGUGAAUACCCCGGCUUCUGUAGAUGAGCACGCUGCGAAGGAUCCUGGGGAUGAAGAGCCUAACCCUCCAAAAGAAAUGCCAACUGAAGAUACAUCAGUCGAAGAAAGAUGUCGUACAGAAGAGGAACCAACUGAUAAGUCAACUCAAGAGCCACUAGCGGAGGACACACCAGAAGAAGAACCUUCCAGCGCAGAUGAGCCGGCCCCAGCGGAAGUGCCGCCUAGUGACGAUACACGUACGGGUGAUUCUCCCCCCGAAGAAGCACCAGCCGAAGAGCCCGCUUCACCAGAAGAACCAGCUCCUGAAGACCCCUCUUCUGAGGAACCUAUCCCAACAGUAGAGCCUACAGCCGAGGAACCAGCCGCCGGGACCCCGCCCAUCGAAGAGCCCGCCGUAGUAGAAGAAUCGCUCCUGGAAGAAACGGCAACAGGCGAUGCCCCUCAUGGAGGAGCUUCUGUUGAUAAUCCGCCUGUCGAAGAGCCCUCUACCGAGGGUGCAGACGCUGAGAACGCCCCUGCUGAGGACCCUUCUCUGGAAGAGCCGACUCCGUUGGAAGAUGCUCCUAAAGAAGAAGUAAUUGUGGAGGAACCAGCUACAGAGGAGGCAUCACAGGCGGAUGAUCCUCCAGACUCAAACACUCCGCCAGAUGAACCGACUCUAGAGCUAGCUGUUAACGAGGAGCCUCCCAUUCCGGAAGUAUCAGCGCCUACGGAAAUCCCUACUCAGAACGUUCCACCAGACCAGUUACCCGCUGACGAAUCGGUUGCUGAAAUUGCUCGUGGAAAUAUUGAUGAAGAAGUCAUAAUCGACUCUCCGGCGGGAGAAUCAGCAGAGGGUGUCACAUCAUCGAAGGCAAGACGGAGAAAACGUCGACAUCGCUCGCAAUGGGAGCGUGAGAGGCGAGGAUCGAAGAGCUCCUCUGACAGUUAUGCUCUCCGUCGUCAGAAGGGCGAACAAACGGUUUUUGCCAAUCCAAUGUCGGAAGCACUUGGCGAAGCAAAGAAACAGAGGUUGUCAAGGUUAAGUUCGAAUGAGGAUCGAGCCGAGCGACAUAGAAGGGAAAGUCGCAGAUAUAGCGAAGGACGGGCCAGGAGGGGGAGCGCCGCAAAGGAUUCAUUUGAUGCAAGUCGCCAUUCGAGUUCCUCUCGAAGCAGAAGAGAGUCGACCUCAUUUACCCUGUCAGGCAUAUCCGCCAAACCAGUUGCACUACUAAAGCUUAUGACCAAUGGAGAAUCCAAAUCCAAUGGACCCCUGCUCAAGCUCAACGUAAACGACCAGUACGAGAGAAGAUCAUCUACAUCCCGUCCAUCGGACUCCUCGAGCAGUUCCCGCCCCCACUCCAAUUCCCACUCACAUCGCAGACAUCGACAACAUGGCGAGAAGGAGUCGAGGAGUCGCGAGCAUAGGUCACCAAGGGACUCGAGUGAUGAUGCCGAUGCUGAGAGGCGCAGGCGGGAACAUCGAAGAUCGAGAAGGGCUGAUGAUCUACUGGAAGAACGACCAAGGAGGAGGGAUAGCCAUUACGAAGGACGAAGACGAGAGCGACGCGACUCUGACAGAUAUCGUCACAACGGUCCUUUAGACAAACUGAAGGACAGGUUCAUGGGAAACCUCCGGACCGUCCUUGCCGCUGCUGGAUAAACAGCCUUAUUCUCUUACAUUCUACCCGUAUUUUGAUCCUUUACUAAAGCCCUUCUCACCCCCGUUCAGAGUUCAUUCCCGUUCUUGUCAUUUCUCAUUUCUACAAUAUUUUAUAUUUAAUAAUUUUUUAUGCGGACGGUUCGGCUUCCUUUCCUUGUUUUACAAUUUCGUCAUGUUUCCCUCCGUUUAUUCUAUUUGCAGGCUGGGAAGUAGGAUGAGCAUAUGUUGUGCAGAUAAUGGAUUGGAUCGUCUUUUCAUUCGAACUGUACAUUUUAGGCUUUUCCUUUCGUGGUUUCGCUUUAGCAUUUUGCAAGCGUUUUCAUAUCUUUGUCCUUUGGCUUGUGUGUUCGUCGUUUGCUAUUCCUUCCAUUUUGACAACCCCCAACCUUCAAUCACGUGACGUUCUUUGUGGGGCAGAUGCCUACCUCAAUAUGUGUAUAUAUUUAUCCCCUAUCCUCCCUCUCCCUCUUCCCCCCCGCCCCCCCUUCCUUUUUUCCUUACUUCACAUAUUUCACUUCUUGUACUUAUCCACCUUGGUGUAUCAAAUACUUCCCCUUGCUUCACUUCCUCCUGUCUGUCUUUCUUACUUCUCUCGCACCAAAAGUUUGGGCUAUGGCUUUCUGCCAUUCCCCGUUGGUGGAUUUUAUGGCCAUUUGAAAUUUAUAACCAUAGCUUCGAAUUCUCAUUUAAAGGUGUUCCAUCCGUGAAAUAAGUCAAAUCCAAUAUCUCCCAUCAUCUCCUUUGCCUUGCAGCCGCUCUCUUCAGUGAAGUGCAUAGUUUGAGCGUCCGCCCCUAUGGAGCAUAUGAGAACCUUAUCCUAACGAGCCCCCGAAGGUUUGCUUGGAACUGCUCCUUCAGGCGAUUGCGCGAGGAGGGCCGCGGUGAAAAGAACGAAAAAUCACUCCAUACUUUGCCAUGUGAAAUGUAGAUUAAAUCUAGUGAUCUUCGAGAUCACUGAGUAGGUGACAGAUGGGCACAUGACAU